CUCUCCCGACACAGACCCUCAUUUGUAACCUUCAUUCAACAAUGAAUCCCCUCAAAGUGUAUCAAUGGCACUGCCAACCACAAUUUUUCCGUAUUUCACGAAAUACCCCUCUCCUUUCCAUCUCUCCUGGACUCAAAUUCCCCCUUAAAACAUUCACUCCUCCCUCUUUCUUCAAUCUUUUGUUACUUUCUUCGUUUAGACCCAGCUUGAAAAUAUCCUGUGUUUCAAGAGCUGAAACUUCGUUUUUUGAUAACAAACAAGAAGAUGAUAGUGCGAACCGGCUAUCAAAAUUGGAAGACUUGGCCCAAAAUGGGGUUGUUUACCAGAAUACACUGAGAUUGGUGGAGUGCUCCAUGUUCGCUGCUGUAACUGGGCUUGUGUAUUUCUUGAGCAAUUCUCUCUCAAUUGAGAAUUACUUUGGAUGUUUCUUCUCGUUGCCAAUAGUAAUCUCUUCAAUGAGAUGGGGUGUCGCAGCUGGGAGGAAAACAGUGGUGGCAACAGCUAUGCUUUUAUUGGUGUUGUCCGGUCCAUUAAAAGCUUUAACAUAUCUGCUAACACAUGGUAUACUUGGUUUCACGAUGGGCUCUAUGUGGAGGUUGGGAGCAGAUUGGAGUCUUUCAAUAUUCUUGUGCACAAUUGCUCGAUCAAUGGGUGCCAUGGGGUAUGUCAUUACAUCUUCCUUCUUAAUAAGAGAAAACAUACUUGCUUUGAUCACCAUAAACAUUCACGCUUCUCUGACAUUAAUAUUUACCGCCAUUGGUAUUAAUACAAUUCCAUCAAUGAACGUGAUAUAUGCUAUAUUUGGGACUCUGCUACUGCUAAAUAGUGGAUUCUUUGUGUUUCUACUGCACCUCUUGUAUUCUGUGUUCCUCGCCAGACUUGGGAUGAAAGAUUCAUUGAGAUUGCCAAGAUGGCUGGAGAAGGCCUUAUGAGUUAUUUAUAUGAAUUUACAUUCUGGUGGCAAGCCAAUAUUGUUACCCUCAUCAAUAUACUCAAGUUAGUGCUCAGUUGUUAUUCAAUUACCAUUCAACUUGUAUCACUACAACCACAAGUUCCUUUGCUAAUUCCUUUUUGGUUAUUAUUUUUAACUUUUCAACCUUAUCCAUGUAUUGGAAGUUAUCUGUUGUUAUAGUGAAAGGUCCUAAUGCACUCAGAAUUGAACUCUUAAAGCUCUUUCCUAAUGUAAAUGUAUAUAUAUAUUCACUUAUAUUUUUAAUUCCUUUGAA